ACAACUGAAGCGCAGUUUUAACUUUGUUGUGCGUUUCAGUUUGAAUUUUUUUAUUUAAUUUGUCUAACAUUUAAAUUUUAGCGUUAAUCAACUUAAUAUUAGGAUUUUGGGUAUUUUCCGGAUCCCGAUCAGCUGUUUCUUUCAAGGGCAAGGUCAUUUUCUCGUCCAAUGAAUUUUACGCUUUUAGCGACCUUGACUUUAAUUUGUGUCUAUCCAAUGAAUAAACAACCUGACUGACACACCUUUCACUAAGAUAAAAAGUAGUUUUCCUCGGCUAUCUAUCUGUCGCCGUUAAUUGACGAGCGUGGACGGAUUUAGUUCAAAUUGCAACUUUCAAUUUAAAAGUAUUUUCUGGUUAAAAUUUACUGACGUUUGCUUUUUUUUUCGGUGAGACUUUUAUGUGUAAAUAAAAUAUCACUCCGCAGCCACAUCACUCAAUACCGGCGAAGCCAUGGUUGGUGUUUCGAGAAUUCUACGGUUUGCCUCUCAUUAUCUGAAGGAGGCAGCAUCUUCUGCUAAAUAUGCGAGCAAGAUAGAUCCACAGAGGCGGUAUGAUAUUCUCUAUGGGAAUAUAAACAGACUGCCGAGCAGGGUUCGAUACUUUGUGGAGGAAAACGCCAAAGUGUGUCAGCCUGAUGCCGUGCAUAUCUGUGAUGGCUCGGAGAAAGAAAGAGAACUGUUGUACUACAUUCUGCAGCGUGAUGGGACCAUUAGACCUCUUCCAAAAUAUGAAAACUGUUGGUUAGCGAACACAGAUCCGGCUGAUGUCGCCAGAGUUGAAAGUCGCACGUUUAUCUCUACGCAUGAGAAAUAUGACACAGUACCACAUACAAAGGAGGGAGUGAAAGGAACGCUAGCAAACUGGAUGUCACCAGAGGACAUGGAGACAGCUCUAGAUGCGAGGUUUCCCGGCUGCAUGAAAGGUCGCACCAUGUACGUGAUACCAUUCAGUAUGGGUCCAGUUGGUUCUCCCUUGUCAAAGAUUGGUAUCCAGCUCACAGACUCUGCUUAUGUUGUUGCCAGUAUGGGAGUUAUGACACGGAUGGGCUCAAAAGUUAUAGAUACGUUGAAGGAUGGAGAGUUCAUUAAAUGCCUACAUUCCGUUGGUCGACCUAUUACCUCAGCAAGUAGUGCGGAAGUUGUGAAGAAUUCUUGGCCGUGUAAUCCAAAGGAAACCAUCGUAGCUCAUUUACCAGAAAGGAAUGAAAUCUGUUCAUUUGGAAGUGGUUACGGCGGGAACUCAUUGCUCGGGAAGAAAUGUUUUGCUCUCAGGAUAGGCUCAAUUCUUGCCAGACGAGAGGGCUGGUUCGCCGAACACAUGUUGAUCAUGGGUGUGGAAAAUCCAAAGGGAGAAAAGAAAUAUUUUGCAGCAGCAUUUCCAAGUGCAUGUGGUAAAACAAAUCUAGCAAUGAUGGAGCCUACAUUACCAGGAUACAAAGUUACCUGUGUAGGCGAUGAUAUUGCAUGGAUGAGAUUUGAUAAGAAUGGUCAGUUGCGUGCAAUCAACCCAGAAGCUGGCUUCUUUGGUGUUGCACCAGGCACUUCCAUGAAAACCAAUCCUAAUGCCAUGAGAACCAUAGAAAAGAAUACAAUAUUUACAAAUGUGGCGAGUACGAGUGAUGGAGGUGUGUACUGGGAAGGCAUGGAAGAGGAGCUUCCUGAUAAUGUAUCCACCACCUCGUGGCUCGGAGUCCAUGACUGGCAUAAGUCCAUGGGAAAACCUGCGGCUCAUCCAAAUUCACGAUUUUGUACACCUGCUAGUCAGUGCCCAAUUAUUGACGAUCAAUGGGAGAGUCCAGAAGGUGUUCCGAUAGAAGGUAUCAUAUUUGGUGGACGCAGACCAGAGGGUGUGCCUCUCAUUUAUGAGGCAUUUGACUGGCAGCAUGGAGUGUUUCUAGGAGCUGCACUGAAAUCCGAAGCUACAGCGGCGGCAGAGCAUAAAGGAAAGGUAGUGAUGCAUGAUCCAUUUGCGAUGCGACCGUUCUUUGGAUACAAUUUUGGACACUAUCUCGACCAUUGGUUGAGUUUCCAGGAAAACCCAAAGUGUAAAUUACCAAAAGUCUUUCACGUGAACUGGUUCAGAAAGGGCUCAAGUGGAUUUCUGUGGCCAGGGUUUGGAGAAAAUUCUCGUGUAUUGGACUGGAUUUUCCGACGUGUGAAUGGUGAAGACUGUGCCGUGAAAUCGGCUGUAGGUUACAUUCCAAAAGAAGGCUCAAUUGACUUGUCAGGUCUGAAAGAGGACGUCAAUAUGAAUGAGUUAUUCAACUUGCCAAAGGACUUUUGGCAAAUGGAAGUGAAAGAACUGGGCAAAUAUUUCGAGGAGCAGGUUGGUGAAGACCUCCCACCAAAAAUACAGCAAGAACUGAAGAAAUUGGAACAGAGAGUUAACACAGAGUUAUAGUUGAAACUGAAAAAAGAUGCAGUAUCUGAUUGAUGCAGGACAAGUUAAAAUAGGACCAAUAUGUGUCUUGACUGUUUGCAAUACUUCUGUGUUCACAUUUCAUUAGAAGUUGAGCGUAUGUAAAAUGAUCAACUAUCGGGGCAACUGAACUUUCCGCGGAAAAUGAACUUAUUUGGGAAACAAAUCGUUCUAUAUUGUUAUUUUAUGUAGCUUGCUUUUACUAGAUAACAUUUUUAUCACGGUAUUUUAUAUGUAAAUAGUCAUUUUGUUAGAAAAGGUUACGUUGAAUACAUCUUAGAGGCAUUUAGAUGUGGGUGUUACUUUUUUCCAUUCCAUAUAAAGCAUUGAAAUAGUUUCCAUGAAGCUGAGUAAAUGGGAAAUGAUUUAAUUAUUUUCACGUAUUGAGGAAUACGUAGAUGUUACUUUUUAUUGUUGGUUUCAUUCUUUUGGUUUGAGAACAGUUUAAAAUUAAUUUAUUAACUUUGGGUAUACUGUAAGGAUGUUACAAAUUUCUGGGUUUUUUGUGUUUUUUUUUUUAAAGUUUAUUUUAUAAAGGUGUAAACACAUGCACACCCAUAAAUGUGUGUAAGAUUUUGGUGUAGAAAAGUAUUAGGGGUUAUAAUUUAUACCUAGUAGUGAACAUUAAUAUAUUUCAUAUUGUGUUAAUCUAUGUUCUUAAAGUAUGAUUGUACUUGAGUACAAGCCAUAAUCUGGGUCUCUUGUAUGUAUGAUACAUGUACCCAGCGUAUUGAUCUGUGAUACUGUGAAGGUCUAUUAAAUGUACGAUGUCGCAUUAAAAGGGAUCAUUUGUGUAAAACUCGUUGAACUACGCAGUUUUUUUAUUUUUUUUUAGAAAAUGUUAUUUGGUUAAAGAAAAUGUAUACUGUGCAAGUACAAUAGAAUAACUACAUAAAGAACAAACAGAAUAACUACAAUAUAAAAUGGUUUUCUCUGAAGAGACUGCUCAAAACAUUUAUUUAACUAGUCCCUUUUAAGGUGGUUGUUCACAAAUCAUAUUAACAUAAAGGCUAGUUUUCAUCAGUAUUAAGUUUUCAUUUAUAUUAUGUAAAUUUUCUGUUUUUAAUAGACAUUCUUUGCAUUUCUGAUAAAUCAUGCUUUUAAUGUUCAUUCUAAAAUCAUGCUUUUAAUUUUCCAUUCUAAAAUCAUGUUUAAAAAUGAUUGCAUUUUAUCCUCUUUUUUUUAUGAUUUUUUUUCUCUCCUUUUUAGACAACUAUCAUUAUUUCUAAUGAAUUAUGCCUUAAUUGUUUAUUUCUAUAGUAGAUAAUUGAAUUUUGUAUAAAAAACACGCAUUUUAUUUUUGUUGUUUUAAGUGGGCAUCAUAUCAUAUAUUAUCUUUGUUUUAUUCUUAUAUUCCAUAUUAUGAUCUCAGUCAGCUGAACAUCUAUCGUAGAUUAUAUUAAUACACCUUAAUGUUCUUCAAAUAUUGCAAUGUAGGCAUAAGAUUUUUGUAUCUGACAAAUUUUUAUAUUUGUUUAGUUUUAUAAAAAUCAACUUGUUGUAUAUUCGUAUAUUGGGUCGAUGUUCAGGUAAUCUGAACUAAAUAAAGAAAUGUUUUAAAUUUGAAA